AUGUCUUAUUAUUCGCCAUCUAAGUAGUAGUUUAAUUAACCACUCGUUAGUGAUUAUGAGGGAUAAAUGACAACAAAAAUAGGAAUUUUAAGGAAGGAAUUUUCGGAAUUGGAUAUUAGCCAUGAAGAAUAUUUAACUAAAAUUGAACUAUUUAAUAUUUUAGAUACUAAAAUUGGUAAAGCCUUCGAUAGAGAUUUAGGUGAAUAGCUUUAUCAAGAAGUAAAAAAAGAUUAAGAAGGCAAAGUCUUAGUUGAUGAUUUCAUAAAAGUAGUUUUAUAAGCUGAAAAAAUUUUGUAUUCUAAAAUACACAACACAAAGAAGGCUUUAGAUGAUAUUUACAUUGAAAGAAAAAAUUAUAUUACUAAGCUUGAAGAAGUAAGCAAAACGGAAGUAUUAAAUAAUUAUGGUGUUAUGCAGGGUGCUUAUCUAGAAGUUACAGUUAUUUCAGGUAGAAACUUGAGUUAUAAUGGAUCUCAAACAGACCCUUUUAUAACUAUGAUACUAAGUGGUUAGAAAUUUGAAACAGGAGCUAGUAGUUAUAAUCCAAACUAAACCUAUACUUGGUAGAAUGCAUCUCAUAAAUUCUAAGUUUUUACAGGUUAGGAAAGACUCUAAGUUUUCAUUACAGAUUUUGAUUAGUAUACAAAAGAAAAUUUUAUUGGAUAGAUUGACAUUCCCUUAAAAGAUUUAGAUGAUCAAUAUUUAAGAACAAAAGAAUAUUAAAUCUAUAACUAAAAUGGAGCUAUUUUGAGAGAUAGCUUUUUAGUAUUGUAGCUUUAGUAUGUUCAUUCAAAUAUUAAAUUUCUAGAAACUAUAUUAGCUUAAAAAAAUUAAGAAAUUUAAAAUAUUGCAGAUGAUUUAAUAUAAUACGAAAGAGAUAUUGAAAUUUUAUACUAGCCUUUUAAAACUUUGUAAAGAUUCCAAAGAGAUCCUUUACCAAUGAUGAGAGAUACAAAUAGUGGAUACCUUAUGAACAAUAACUUAGCAUAAACAGGUGGCAUAAAAAACCUUAGAGUACAAAGAGAAAACGAACAAAUAAAAUCAGUUCCUCUAGAUGUCUCAAAGUUUUCAAACGUAGAAUUGUAUACUCGUAUAUUAACAAUAAGUUUAUUAGUCAUAUUGCUAAUUGAAUUUUUCGAAAAGAGUCCAUAUUAUGAUCUUCUGAUCAUAUUCUAUUAUGUAGGUAAGUAUGAGUUGAACGAACUUAAUGAAGAUUCCUGCAUAAAAAUCAUAACUGCCUAUAUAUUCUCAAUACUUUUUGAAAUAUUUUGGUUAAUUUUCUUUGCUGAGCACUGGUGGAACCCUCAAGAGAAGCAGAUGUAUGAUUCAAUGCUAGACUCUGGAUUUAGAAAAGCUAACGUUGUCAUUUGUUUUAUUACUGUUAUUAAUAAGAUAUUCUUAGUUGCUUGUUUUUGGGGAUUAGUGUAAUAUUUCAAGAAUAAUCCUAUGGAGGAAUAGCUUUAAUUGAUUAAAAGUAAAAAUUAAAUCAGUCCUCGUAGAUAAUUUUUACAAGAAUAAAGACCUUACUUAGAAAACUAGGAUUUUAAAGUUGACAAGAUUUUUAUUACUCCUGAAAAAAUAAAUACAAACAAAAGUUAUAUUACUUACCAAGAUUAAAGUGCUAAUUAAUACAAUUAAUAUUAUCAGCCCAAAUAUUGA